CAAGAAUUCCAUUCGGCGGCACAUGUCCCACUUGCACCUGUUCAACCGGGAUGUGUCGGACCCCUCGCUGAAGGAACGCCUGGACUACGCGACCGUGUGGCUGGAUCCGCCGAUCACAGUGGACGAAGAUCAAUCGAGCAACUACGCCGCCAUCGCGGGGGAGCUGUACGGCCUGCUCACCGGCGGCACCAUGGUGGCGGGCACGGACUACAUUCAGCUCGGGCGCGUGCUUCCGGGCAGCGAAG